GUGAGGUGUUGACAAUUAACCCAACGUAACAAACGCAAACUUUCCUUUGCGAUUCUGAGUUUUCGUUGCAGUUGCAAAAACGGCCUUCACUCUCCGAUGGACCCAUCUCCGGGAACCUCCACUCACGGCCAUCCCUCCGAUUCAACGCCCGAUAACGGCGAAACAUCAUCGUCUUCGCCAACCGUUCUGGAUCUCACCAGCUUCCAGCUCCAUGAUCUCGAUUCCGUGGACCUCCCCUCGUCUCUCUCCGAGCUCGACUUGACGGCCAACCGUUUGUCGGCGUUAGACCCCCGUAUUUCCCACCUCUCCAAUCUCAACAAAUUCUCUCUUCGCCAGAACCUCAUUACCGACGCCGCGCUCGAGCCUCUUUCGUCGUGGCACACCAUUUCCCAACUCGAGGAACUAGUGCUCAGGGAUAAUCAGCUGAAGAAAAUUCCGGAUGUUAGCAUAUUUAAGAAACUUCUGGUAUUUGAUGUUUCGUUCAACGAAAUUACAUCACCUAGCGGAUUGUCCAAGGUCUCCAGUACAUUGAAGGAGCUCUAUGUCUCUAAUAAUCAAAUUGCAAAGAUAGAAGAGAUCGAACACUUUCACGAGCUGCAGAUUCUUGAACUUGGGUCAAACAAACUACGGGUAAUGGAGAAUCUGCAAACUUUAACAAAUCUACAAGAGCUUUGGCUUGGACGCAAUCGUAUUCGAGCUAUCAAUUUAUGUGGAUUGAAAUGCAUUAAGAAGAUUAGCAUCCAGAGCAACCGUUUGACUUCAAUGAAAGGACUGGAGGAAUGUGUUGCUCUUGAAGAACUAUAUCUGAGCCAUAAUGGUAUUGAGAAAAUGGAAGGCUUAUCAACCCUGGUAAACCUUCGAGUCCUGGAUGUAUCAGCAAACAAGCUUACCGCAAUUAGUAACAUUGCAAACUUGACAAAAUUAGAAGAUCUUUGGCUUAAUGAUAACAAUAUAUCAUCAGUGGAAGAUAUAGCCGAGGCUGUUGCUGGUUCACUACAGAAACUGACUACCCUAUAUCUUGAGCGUAACCCAUGUGCAAAUUCUCCAAACUACAUCAGUACUUUGAGACAAAUUUUCCCCAAUAUUCAACAAGUGGAUUCAGAACUAUUUGCAUAGUGAGUCAUCUUGUCUCAAAAGCCUUUAAUUCUGUAGCGAUUCCAAACCCAAAGAAACAUUAUCGAUUCUCUUUUAUUGAUACAAUCUGCAGCAGAUGAAAUGCUCAACUCCCAUUAAUGGUGUGUGAUCCAGCUGCCUCAUCGGUUUCAGGUCUCUGUGCAAGAGAGUUUUUAUUUGGAGCCAUUGCUCAUAAUUUUUCAUUUUGCACACUCAAAAACUAACUAGCAUUCACAUUUCCCUUUGCAUAAAUUGUCAAGUCACUUAUUAAAGGAA